UCGAUCCCGAGAAAGGCGCGAGGUCUCCAGGAAAGACAGCUAGCGGCAAGGGAAAAGGGGCGGGCCCGGGUCGGAGGGGCGGGGCGACUCGCCUUCCGCUCGGGUCACGCGCGGCAGGAAGUGCUGCCGGCCGCGGAGUACUCGAAAUGGGGACCUGCCUGGAUAUUAAGAUUAAGAGAGCGAACAAGGUUUAUCACGCCGGGGAAGUCCUCUCGGGCGUGGUGGUCAUAUCUGGCAAGGAUUCAAUCCAGCACCAGGGAGUGUCUCUGACAGUGGAAGGAAGUGUGAACCUCCAGCUCAGCGCCAAGAGCGUGGGUGUGUUCGAAGCUUUCUAUAAUUCUGUUAAGCCUAUCCAGAUUAUCAAUAGCACCAUCGAAAUGGUGAAGCCAGGAAAAUUUCCCAGCGGCAAAACAGAAAUUCCUUUUGAAUUUCCCCUGCACGUGAAGGGCAACAAAGUUCUGUAUGAGACUUACCACGGCGUGUUUGUCAACAUUCAGUAUACCCUGCGCUGUGACAUGAGGCGGUCUCUGUUGGCCAAGGACGUGACGAAGACCUGCGAAUUCAUCGUUCACUCCGCUCCUCAGAAGGGGAAGCUGACCCCGAGCCCUGUGGACUUCACUAUCACUCCCGAAACCUUGCAGAACGUCCGAGAGAGAGCCCUGCUCCCCAAGUUUCUCAUCAGGGGCCAUCUCAGCUCAACCAGCUGCGUCAUCACGCAGCCGCUGACGGGCGAGCUGCUGGUCGAGAGCUCGGAGGCCGCCAUCAAGAGCAUAGAGCUGCAGCUGGUCCGCGUGGAGACCUGCGGGUGCGCCGAAGGAUAUGCCCGAGACGCCACGGAGAUUCAGAAUAUUCAGAUCGCCGACGGAGAUGUUUGCCGGAGCCUGUCUGUCCCCAUAUACAUGGUCUUCCCCCGGCUGUUCACCUGCCCUACGCUGGAGACCACCAACUUCAAAGUGGAAUUUGAGGUUAACAUCGUUGUGCUUCUCCACCCCGAUCACCUCAUCACCGAGAACUUUCCGCUGAAGCUGUGCAGGAUGUAGCCCAGGAGCGGGCAGCGUGGACGGCGGGAGCUGCGGGGCGGAAAUGCGGCUGGGGGGCCCACCCAUGGGAGCCGAAGCCCGCAGCUUGUGCUUCCUUUCUCGAUGAAUGUGUGUCAGAAACGGAGCUGACCCCCGACCACAGGCACCGUGAAGCUUCUGCUUCCAGUGCUCGCCUCUCGUCAGACCCCUUCUUUAAGACUCAACAGGACUCCGUUGUUUUUGGCCAGAUCGCUUGGCAGAAAGCAAAACUUCCUGGGACUCCUGACUUAACUGCCCCCUUUUAGAGGCAGUAAAACUACAAACAGCCGUUUGUGCUUGGCCGGAAAGUGGGAUCCCGGAGGCCGAGGAAACCCUCCACACCGAAGACUCCCCCGCAGCAAAGCAGCUUCGCCGGAUGGUCACGGGCAAGCGGCCGGCUUACGACGUUGGUGGAUUCCGCCCGCGCGGGGCCGCAAAGCGGCAUCGUCUAGAAUGGUGUAGCAUUUUUUCCCCGACUCUGUUCUGUAGUCCUUUUGUAACAUUUUUCAUAACAACUUCCAAGUUUUGAGGGAACUGGAAUAAAGCGUCCCUUCCUGGCACGGGAGGAAAAAACGUC